AUGUUAAAACUGCGAAACAACUUAUCUCUAUUUUUGAGGAAUACUAUAAGAACAGGAUAUUCUAACCGAGGACCUUUUCGUGCAAUGUCGUCGCAAAAGGUAAUGUCGUCUCGUACAGAAGUCAUGAACAAUGCCAAAAGGCAAACUUUACAAGAUGAUAGCAUAUUUGAUUCAAUGAGCUUUUCAGAAUCAGUCUCUCAAAAAAAACCUAAACUAGAAUUGUUUGGACAUGCAGAAGAUAAUGUAGAAUACCGUGGUAAUAGAAUAGCCAAUGUUCUUGAUGGUUUAGAAGAAAUGUCAAAUUUGGAAGAGGAUUGUUUAAAAUUGAUAUCCGUGCUUGACAGGAUGGAAUCCAAAUACCCCGAUCAUGGUAAGAUGUUUACUGAAUCAAGAAAUAUAAUUGUCAAAUAUUUAGAGGAAAUCCCCAUUUUAGCUACGAAGUCAGACUUUACUACCAACGAUCAUGUUCCCAUCGUUAGUGAUACCGAGACUAGUGGACCAAUAAAGGUGACAAAGCAAUUGAAGAAUCUGUUUACUUCGACUCAAAAGGAAGAAGAAAUAGCCCAAAAUAUCGAUAAAAAGGAGGAUUUUGUGAUAGAACAAUCCGUUGAAUUUAAAGUACCUUCCUCCCCUGUGAAAUUAAACGUCGAUUUACGGCCAUGUUCAUCAUCAAAAAAUAUUGCAAAUGAAGAUACUGAUAUUAUAAGAAUAGACCAAAAGAGGUUUGCACACCACCAAGCCGAAAAUAAACUUGAAUUGACUGAGCAAAUGGCAGUAAAGAAAGAGAAAAAAGUCGAAGAAUCUGUUGCCAUUACAUUAAGCAAAGAACAGGAAAGUGUUAUUCAAUUGGCCAAGGAGGGGUACAAUCUUUUUUAUACAGGUGCUGCAGGAACAGGAAAGUCACUUCUAUUGAGGACACUUGUGAAGGAGUUAAAACAGCAAUACGGUGACAACCCCUUGGCAGUAGGUGUUACUGCAUCUACUGGAUUGGCUGCAUAUAAUAUUGGAGGAAUGACUAUUAACUCUUAUACUGGUAUAGGAUUGGGAGAAGGGUCUGCCGCUGAGAUCAAUAGAAAGCUGAAGCGAAAUACCAAUGCUCUUGAGAGAUGGGAUGGACUCCAGGUUUUAAUUAUUGACGAAGUUUCAAUGAUUGAUGGCAGAUUACUAGAUAAGCUGGAUCAAUUGGCACGCCUGCGGAAACGAUCUAAGAAGCCCUUUGGUGGCGUUCAAGUUAUUUUAUGUGGUGACUUUUAUCAGCUUCCUCCUGUUUCACGUGACUCCAGUAUGAAGUUUGCAUUUGAAAGUGAGUUUUGGAAAAAGCACAUUAAAGUUCAGGUCAUGUUGACCACAGUAUAUAGACAAAAAACAGAUCUUCAGUUUCUGCAAAUGUUAGAAGAGAUAAGAAGCGGAAAUGUUAGUGAAAGUACCGUCAAGAGAUUUAAACCUUUACAAAAUCCGAGAGAUGUACCAUUUCCACCAACGCAUUUGUUCUCAACCAGAAGGGAAGUCGACGAAGCUAAUAGUAGGCGUUUGAAAGAAUUGAAAGGACCUAGUAUUACAUUUACAGCCGUUGAUACGGGCUCUUUAGCUAAUAAGCCGCAAGGUAAAAAGAUGCUUGAAUCGUUUCUUGCUCCACAAGUGUUAGUGUUAAAACCAUAUGCCCAGGUUAUGCUAAUUAAAAAUAUAGACUCAACGUUAGUUAAUGGAUCUAUGGGUACAGUCAUUGGCUUUUUGAAUAAUGCUACCUUCCAGUCUUAUGCUAAGUUAUUGGAUGAACCUGUUGAAGGUUCUUAUAAAACAUAUCAGUACUUUGAUACACGUGAGCCGACUGAUUCAAUCUUCGACUUUAUUGAAAAAUCGAAAGCUAAAAUUGAGGAAACUCUGAAAAAAGAGCAGCUUUCAUUGUCUAAGUUGACUUCCGUGGCUGAUAGCAUAGAAGGCACUGAUGAGUCCUACAAUGAGACUAACAAUGAAUUGCUGGACAAUCUUAACAGGAAGAUACAGCUAAUUAGAGAUUUAGAGAGAAGUGACAUUGGAGGUAAAGUUAUACCAAUAAUUAAUUUCAAACUAGCUGAUAGAACUUCCAGAAUUGUUGCGUUGAAUUACGAACGAUUUACUAUAGAUGAUCACAGAGGGGUUCCGAUGGUUGAGAGGAAACAAGUUCCGCUGAUGCUUGCAUGGGCUUUAUCUAUUCAUAAAGCCCAGGGCCAAACUUUGAAACAUGUUAUUGUCGAUUUGAAAAGAAUAUUUGAAGAUGGUCAAGCCUAUGUUGCCCUUUCAAGAGCAGAGCACCGGCGUGGCUUACAAGUGCUGAAUUUCAAUGGAGAGAAAAUUAGAACCAAUCCGAAAGUUAUACACUUUUAUAAAACCUUAGAAGAUGUUGAAACUGUGAGGGCAAAGAUUUCCACUAAUACCUUACUGGAAACUCCAGAUAAUUCGUUUGAUCCAAGUGUACCGGUAGGUCCUCAAACACAGCUUAAACAUUUGAACGAAUUAUCGGCUACACCUGAAAGGUUUACUAAAAAACCAUUAUACCAAUCUAGGAAACAAAGUAAUGCAUGUCUGAAAGUACAGAAAAGCAAUUCAAUUGAUGAUUUGCUGAGACAGCAAGCUAUAAGAGCAUCACAAGAAGCUCCUUCGGUGAGAACCCCUGAAAUAACAAACGAAAUUGGGCGGACUGAAGACAGAGAAGAUGAGGUGCUCAAUUUCAAUUUUAUGGGUGACUGUCUGUCUGAUGAUGAACUAAAUGAGGUUAGCAAAGAAUUUUUCAAUCCAUAG